UGCAAUACAAAUAAUUACAAUAUGGAGUCCUUGAGAUCAUUUUUUAGAAUUUCGAUUUUAGUUUUAUCAACUUUUUUAAUAGCAAAUGCUGAUGAAAAUAUGGCCGAUUGUCAUUACCCUGCAAUAUACAAUUUUGGCGAUUCAAAUUCAGACACCGGCGGUAUUUCAGCAGCAUUUUAUCCGGCAGGCUCCCCUUCUGGUGAGACGUACUUUCAUAGGCCAGCCGGAAGAGCCUCUGAUGGCCGUCUGAUCAUCGACUUUAUUGCUGAACACCUGGGAUUACCAUAUUUGAGUGCAUACCUGGACUCUAUUGGAACCAAUUUUAGUCAUGGUGCAAACUUUGCAACAGGGGGUGCAACCAUUAUGAGACCAAACGAAUCAUGGUUUGAGACGGGGGUCAGCCCUUUCAAUCUUGAAAUCCAAGUGGAGCAUUACACUCAGUUUAAAGAUAGAACAGCUUAUUUCUACAAUCAAGGCAAGGAAUUGUCCGAAAGAGAAAGGAUACCAAAGCCUGAGGAUUUCUCAAAGGCUCUUUUUACGCUCGAUAUAGGACAAAAUGAUGUUGCUGCUGGCAUUCGAAAGUUGAGUUUUGAACUUCAGCAAGCAGCCAUACCCAAAAUAGUAAGCCAGUUCAUAGCACAAGUCCGAAAUCUGUAUCAAAGAGGCGCAAGGACAAUCUGGAUACACAAUACUGGUCCAAUUGGCUGUUUACCAGUAACCAUUUCUAAAGUCCUAGACCCCAUGCUUGGGUAUCUAGACGAAAAUGGCUGUGUCAAGAAUCAAAACAAUGUAGCCAUAGGGCUCAACAAAAAGCUCAAGGAUGAGAUUAUCAAACUGAGGAUUGAGCUUUCUGAAGCCACAAUAAUCUAUGUUGACAUCUACAGCGUGAAGUAUGAGUUAAUCUCCAACACGAAGAAUCAAGGAUUUGAAGACCCCUUCAAAAUCUGCUGUGGUUAUCAUGGAAUUGGCUAUGAUGUAUGGUGUGGAAAUAAAGGAACUGUAAAUGGUAGUGAAGUUUAUGCUGGUUCAUGUGCAAAUCCUCCCAGAGUCAUCAGCUGGGAUGGUGUGCACUAUUCUGAAGGUGCAAAUCAUUGGAUUGCAAACCGUAUAGUCAAUGGCUCCUUUUCGGAUCCACCAAUCUCCAUCAAAAGAGCAUGCCAUAAGUAAAUGCGAAUCCUUGAACUAAUUUA